UUUUUUCAAGCGAAACCAUGGAGGAGAGUGGCUGCCCAAGGUGGGGUUUGUCUUUUGCCGUCUGAGUGGCCCCUGGGAUACAGGGCGGGUUUCUCAGCGGUGACUUGUGGGCAGUGCCUUCUGCUGAGUGAGCCAUGGCCCGAAGGCAGAACUAACUGUGCCUGCAGUCUUCACUCUCAGGAUGCAGCCGAGGCGGGCCCGAGGGGCCACGAUGUGGCUCGGAGUCCUGCUGACCCUUCUGCUCUGUUCAAGCCUUGAGGGUCACAAAAACUCUUUCACAAUCAACAGUGUCGACAUGAAGAGCCUGCCAGACUGGACGGUGCAAAAUGGGAAGAACCUGACCCUGCAGUGCUACGCGGACGUCAGCACCACCUCUCACAUCAAGCCUCAGCACCAGAUGCUGUUCUAUAAGGAUGACGUGCUAUUUUACAACAUCUCCUCCAUGAAGAGCACAGAGAGUUAUUUUAUUCCUGAAGCCCGGGUCUAUGACUCAGGGACGUACAAAUGUACUGUGAUUGUGAACAACAAAGAGAAAACCACAUCAGAGUACCAGGUGUUGGUGAGAGGAGUGCCCAGUCCCAGGGUGACCCUGGACAAGAAAGAGGCCAUCCAAGGUGGGGUCGUGAGGGUCAACUGUUCCGUCCCAGAGGAAAAGGCCCCAAUACACUUCACAAUUGAAAAACUUGAACUAAAUAAAAAAAUGGCCAAGCAAAAAAGAGAGAAGACUUCUCGGGACCAGAAUUUUGUGAUGCUGGAAUUCCCCAUUGAGGAACAGGACAGUGUUUUAUCCUUCCGAUGUCAAGCUAGGAUCAUUGCUGGGAUCCAUGUGCAGACCUCAGAAUCUACCAAGAGUGAACUGGUCACCGUAAGGGAAUCCUUCUCUACACCCAAGUUCCACAUCAGCCCCACUGGAAUGAUCACAGAAGGAGCUCAACUCCACAUUAAGUGCACCAUUCAAGUGACUCACCUGGCCCAGGAGUUUCCAGAAAUCAUAAUUCAGAAGGACAAGGCGAUUGUGGCCCACAGCAGACACGGCAACGAGGCUGUGUACUCAGUCAUGGCCAUGGUGGAGCACAAUGGCAACUACACAUGCAAAGUGGAGUCCAGCCGCAUAUCCAAGGUCAGCAGCAUCAUCGUCAACGUAACAGAACUAUUUUCCAAGCCCGAACUGGAAACUUCCUUCACACGUCUGGACCAAGGUGAAAGACUGAACCUGUCCUGCUCCAUCCCAGGAGCACCUCCAGCCAAUUUCACCAUCCAGAAGGGAGACACGAUUGUGUCUCAGACUCAAAAUUUCACCAAGAUAGCCUCAAAGGGGGACAGUGGGACGUAUAUCUGCACUGCAGGUAUUGACAAAGUGGUCAAGAAAAGCAACACAGUCCAGAUAGUCGUAUGUGAAAUGCUCUCCCAGCCCAGGAUUUCUCAUGACGCCCAGUUUGAGGUCAUAAAAGGACAGACCAUCGAAGUCAGUUGCCAAUCAAUCAGUGGAACUUCACCUAUUUCUUAUCACCUUUUGAAAACAAGCAAAAUUUUGGAGAAUAGUACCAAGAACUCAACUGAUCCUGCGGUAUUCAAAGACAACCCCACUGAAGACGUAGAAUACCAGUGUGUUGCGGAUAACUGCCAUUCCCACGCCAAAAUGUUAAGUGAAGUUCUGAGGGUGAAGGUGAUAGCCCCAGUGGAUGAGGUCCAGAUUUCUAUCCUGUCAAAUAAGGUUGUGGAGUCUGGAGAGGACAUUGUGCUGCAAUGCGCCGUGAAUGAAGGAUCUGGUCCCAUCACCUAUAGGUUUUACAGGGAAAAGGAAGGCAAACCCUUCCACCAAAGGACCUUGAAUGCCACCCAGGAAUUUUGGACCAAGCCGAAGGCUAGCAAGGAGCAGGAGGGGGAGUAUUACUGCACAGCCUUCAACAGAGCCAACCAUGCCUCCAGUGUCCCCAGAAGCAAAAUACUGACAGUCAGAGUCGUUCUUGCCGCAUGGAAGAAAGGACUUAUUGCAGUGGUUGUCAUCGGAGUGAUCAUUGCUUUCUUGAUCAUUGGGGCCAAAUGUUAUUUUCUGAGGAAAGCCAAGGCCAAGCAGAUGCCAGUGGAAAUGUCCAGGCCAGCAGUACCACUUCUGAACUCCAACAACGAGAAAAUGUCAGAUCCCAGUAUGGAAGCUAACAGUCACUACGGUCACAAUGAUGAUGUCGGAAACCACGCAAUGAAACCAAUAAAUGAUAAUAAAGAUCUAGUAAAGAAGGGCACAGAGACAGUGUACACUGAAGUCCGGAAAGCUGUCCCUGAGAACGGAAGGCUCCCUUGAUGGAACUUAGACAGCGAGGCCGGAUGCACAUCCCUGGAAGGACAUCUAUGUUCCGAGAAGAGCAGAUGAUCCCUAUAUUUCAAGAGCUCUGUGCACUUAUUUAUGAACCUGCCCUGCUCCCACAGAACACAGCAAUUCCUCAGGCUAAGCUGCCGGUUCUUAAAUCCAUCCUACUGAGUUAAUGUUGGGUAGAAAGAGAUACAGAGGGGCUGCUGAAUUUCCCACCUACCCUCCUUCCACCAAGUUGGAGCAUCCUUGGCAAUUGGAAGGGCAGAAGAGGAGAUCCAGGGCAAACAGGCCAUUGGGAUAUUCUGAAACUUGAAUAUUUUGUCUUGUGCAGAGAUAAAGACCUUUUCCAUGCACCGUCAUACACAGAAACCAAUUUUCUUUUUUGUAGCCAAUCACUUCUAGCACAUGGCCUGGUUAGAGGCUAGUUUUUUUCUUUUCCUUUGGUCCUUCAAAGGCUUGUAGUUUUGGGUAGUCCUUGUUCUUUGGAAGUACACCGUGCUGACCAGACAGCCUCCCCCUGUCCCCUCUAUGACCCCGCCCUCCACAAACGGGAAAACCAGGCUACUUGGGAGCACCGCCUUUGAAAUACCGACCUGAAGACACGGUUCAUUCGGGCAAAGCACAGAACAGAAAAUGAAGGUGGAACAAGCACAGAUGUUCUUAAACUGUUUUUUUCUACACUCUUUUUCUUUUCUUCUACCAUGCUGAAGGCUGAAAGACAGGAAGAUGGUGCCUACAGCAAAUAUUAUUCUUAAUUGAAAAAUUGAAAUGUGUAUGUUUCUUACUAAUUUUUAAAGAUUUAUUCCUUGCCAGGGCAGGCGAGGUGGCUCACGCCCAUAAUCCCAGCACUUCGGGAGGCUGAGGCGGGCAGAUCACCCAAGGUCCAGAGUUUGAGACCAGCCUGGUGAAACCCUGUCUCUACUGAAAAUACAAAAAUUAGCCGGAUGUGGUGGCGCAUUCCUGUAGUAUCAGCUACUCAAGAGGCUGAGGUGGGAUAAUCGCUUGAAUCCAGGAAAGAGGGGUUGUAGUGAGCGGAGAUUGCACCACUGCACUCCAGCCUGAGUGACAGAGCGAGAAUCCAUCUCAAAAAAAAAAAAACAAAAAACAAAAAAAAACUGCUUGCUAAAGAAGUGGUCUCCUGAGGUCUUAAGACAUUCCUGACAGUGUCUUGAGUGGGAGAGAGGCUGCUGUCAUUGCGCUGUGGAAUUUCACAGGUGAGAACCACGCCUAACCAAAAUCACUUUUCCUGUUUGCCUCAGUGACACAGCUGCAGGGACCCUCGUGGGCGUUGUAUUAAAUAAAUUUGACCUUUACUCUUUGCA